CUCCCGGUUGCCAGAGAAGUGCAGAACGUGCCUCCUAGGAAAGGAUCCGCUCACCUGACCUGGCAUCCUCCUCUCCUGCAAAAUUGAGAUCCAGGUGGCAAAGGGAGAGAUGGGUGGCCCCGAGACCUGCCUUGGCUUCCUGGUCCUGCUUCUGAUUGUCUGGUUCAGCGGGACGCCCGGCGAUGCUCACUCUCUGUCCUAUAACUUCACCAUCGAUCCUCAGCCCAGACCUGGACAGCCAUGGUGUGAAGUUCAAGGCCAGGUGGACGGAGAGGUUUUUCUAUCCUAUGAUUGUGGUCAUGCUAAGAUCAUAUUCACAAGUAUAUUGGCAGAAGAAAUGAAAACCGUAAAGGCCUGGGAAACACAGAUAGAAACACUCAGAGAUAUCAGGGACCAUCUGCGUGACUUUACACUGGAGAAACCCACGGUCACGGACCCUCUCACCCUGCAGGCCAGGAUGACAUGUCGCUGUGAGGAUGACAGACACAUCAGUGGAUCCUGGCAGUUUGGCUUGAAUGGACAAAUGAGCCUCCACUUUGAUUCGGAGAAUGGACACUGGAGAGUGGAUCACCCUGGAGGCAGAUGGAUGAAAGAGAAGUGGGAGAAUGACAGAGAUGUGACCGACUUCCUGAAGAAGGUGUCAAUGGGAGACUGUCGGUCCUGGAUUCAGGCUUUCAUGGUGUGCUGGGAGAAAAUGCUGAAGACCUCGGCAUCACCGACCACAGGCCCCUCUGCAGUCCAGCCCACGGCCACAGCCAUCGAUCUCAUCACAGGGAUCGCCGCCGGGGUUCGUGACAGUUUUGGCAUUAUCAUCUUAGGAUGGAUCAUUUACAAGAUGAGGUGAUGCUGCUCCCAGGAAGCCCGACAGGUGCUCUGUCGGCCUCAGGCCUCAGUCUUUGCUUGGCCGCCUUUGUUUUCCUUCUGUUCAUUUUAGAGCCAGGAGAUCAGACCCAGGAGUUCGGAGCCUGCAUUCCCGUUGUGAUGACAAGUGGCUGCGCUGUCUCGUGACUUGUCACAUCUGGUGAAAAGACUCCUCAGUCUUUUUUUUCCCAAGCUCUUUUGCCUCUUUCUCUUGGUGCUAAGUGAUGGAAUCCCUGCACUGAAAUGUUCAACUACUUGAACAAGAAACCUCCACUAAUAAGACACUUUCUUUCUUCUAGUUUGUGGAAAAUUAAACUCGUCUCUGUAUGGCAAUCUCAUUGUUGGAAAUGAUGAUAAUGUGAGAAAAAUACCAUCUGCUAUUACAGGACUCAGGGAUUCUUUCUAUGUUCAGAGGAACAACUUCAGACUGUUUUCAACAGAACAAAGUAUUAUGUCUGAAUGUCUCUUUUAGUCAUUUUAUUUCGUAUAGUAAUAUUUAAGUCAGUAUUUCACUAUUGCAAAAAAAUAUAAAUUCUUCAAGUUUCUUUUUCUAACCAAGGAGGGAACUUGGGACAUUUCACCUUUACCCCACCUUGUGGGAUUAAAUAGAACUGAUGAUUCAGCUACAUUUAUUGUGGAAGCAGAGAAUAAAAAGAACGCUCUUAAAGUAACAUGCAGUCUAGCUGUCGAUCCCAAACAGUAUCCUGAUUACCUGGAUCCAAAGAUAUAUUCUGGAACUUUUGCAAAGACAUCAUUUUUUAUUUCAUCGAGAUCCGCACCCUCAGUGAUGACUCACUCUCCUGUGUUCCUCUAUGCCUCCCCCUCUCCAAGGAGAAGCCAGAUUUCACAGCACAAGCUAUGUCUGUUUUGAAAAGUAGAUUUAUUUCCCCAUUGACAGAGGAUCAUACUCAGAAUAGGUAAUGAAUUACUAAAAAUAAAUAAGAUAAAUGGUAACUUCUUGGCCACUGCUUGAGCGGUUCACAUACAUGAAUUGUUGUUCAGUCGCUAAGUCAUGUCCAACUCUUUGCAACCACGUGGUUGCAGCACACCAGGCUUCCCUGUCUCUCACU